AUGGCUAAGUGGGUGUCGUUGCUCGCAGCCUAUGAUUUAAAAUUGGCAGUGAAAGGCGGAGCCUUGGCUGAUCAACUAGCAGAAUUACCGGUCGAAGACCAAAUGCCGGAGGUAGAAUUUCCUGAUGAAGACUUAGUGAACGUAGAAAGUGAAGUCUGGGAAAUGUACUUCGAUGGAGCCUCGAACUACCAUGGAAAUGGGGUUGGAGUCGUAUUCAAAACUCCUUGUGGAGAGUACGUCCCAAUCGCAGUCAAAUUAGAUUUCGACUGUACUAACAACGAAGCCGAGUAUGAAGCUUGCAUAAAGGGGUUAGAAGCAGCCCUGGAAAAAGAAAUAAAGGUCCUCAAGGUUUUCGCUUUAAGCAAUUUGGAAUUGGCUCAGCAAUUUGAGGAUUUAUCCUUCCAUUACUUGCCACGAUCCAAAAAUCAGUUUGCAGAUGCUCUAGCUACUCUAGCCUCUAUGGUCAAUAUAGAAGGAGAUCGAGUCAUUCGACCUUUGACAGUGCGGCUGCAGAAGCAGCCAGCACAUAUCAUAAAUUUGGUCGAUGACAAGCCCUGGUAUUGGGAUAUACAGAAUUAUCUUCAGAAUGAAGCCUACCCGGAGGGAUCUAACAAAACUGAUCAACGGACAUUGAGACAGUUAGCAUCCGGAUAUUUCCUCACUGAGGGAGUUCUGUAUAAGAGAAGUUGGAGCGGCCUGCACCUAAGAUGCGUUGAUGAGGGAGAAGCUCAAACCUCAAACCAUCAUGGAUUCCUUACAUAA